GCGAGGGCAGCCGAGUUGCUCCUGACAACAGCGGCUGGAGGGGAGGAAGCAACGAUGUCUGCUCUCAGGUACGCGGGGCUGGACGACACCGACAGCGAGGACGAGCUGCCUCCUGGCUGGGAGGAGAGAACCACCAAAGACGGCUGGGUUUACUACGCCAAUCAUGUUGAACUGAAAACCCAAUGGGAUCACCCAAAAACGGGAAAGAAGAGACGGGUGGCAGGAGAUUUACCUUAUGGUUGGGAACAAGAAACAGAUGAAAAAGGUCAGGUGUACUUUGUUGAUCACAUCAAUAAAAGAACCACAUUCCUGGAUCCACGGUUGGCAUUUACAAUUGAGGAGACAUCAGACAAGCCAACUAUUCGGCAGCGGUAUGACGGUAACAGUGCUGCUAUGGACAUUUUGCAUGGCCGAGACCUAAGUGGCAAAGUUGUAAUUGUCACAGGAGCCAAUUCUGGGAUUGGUUAUGAAACUGCGCGUUCUUUAGCUUUGCACGGAGCUCAUGUUGUCUUAGCCUGCAGAAACCGAGCAAGAGCCGCUGAAGCUAUACAAAAGAUAUUGGAAGAAUGGCAUAAAGCCAAGGUUGAAGCUAUGAUCCUGGAUUUGGCCUCCCUUCAAAGUGUCCAACAGUUUGCAGAAGCCUUCAAGGCUAAAAACCUAUCCCUUCAUGUGUUGAUCUGUAAUGCCGCUGCAUUUGGUUCUCCGUGGCAAUUGACAGUGGAUGGCCUUGAAACCACUUUUCAAGUCAAUCACUUGGGACAUUUCUACCUGGUGCAGCUCCUUCAAGACGUUCUCCGUCGUUCAAUACCUGCAAGGGUUAUUAUCGUAUCCUCUGAGUCACACAGAUUCACAGAUAUAAAGGAUUCCUCGGGGAAGGUGGAUUUUAGUCUGCUUUCUCCUGCUAAAAAAGAUUACUGGGCCAUGCUGGCUUACAAUCGUUCGAAGCACUGCAAUAUUCUCUUCUCGAAUGAGCUGAAUCGCCGCCUGUCACCUCAUGGUGUAACAUCCAACACUCUUCAUCCAGGAAACAUGAUGUACUCCUCAAUACACCGCAGCUGGUGGCUGUACACCCUACUGUUUUCCUUGGCUCGUCCUUUUACCAAGUCGAUGCAACAGGGAGCAGCCACCAGCAUUUACUGUGCUGUCGCCCCAGAGCUGGAGGGGCUGGGAGGGAUGUACUUCAAUAACUGUUGUCGGUGCCUGCCGUCACAGUCAGCCCAGGACGAAGCAUUGGCAUCCGCCUUGUGGGAGCUGAGUGAGAGCGUGAUACGAGAGCGUAUUGAGAGCCAUUCUGGCUAACAUCCAACCCUACAUCCGAAGAUGAGAGACCCACGAACACAGCAACAGGAAAAUGUCACUCUCCCUCCCUCUCCCCCUAUCUCUCUCUCUCUCCCUCUCUCUCUCUCCCCUUCCCUGGUUCCUUGCCCGCAAUUAUAAACUUGCAAGAUUGAUUGCACCACAAAUAAAAUUUAACCCUUUGAAGAACUA